GUAACCCUUAGUAAUGGCGUCCAAAAACAACAAAAUCACUAUUUAGACUUUAAAUUAUUAUUUCUAACCUAAAAAAGCCUCACAUCUUAUCAAAAAUACCUCGAACAGAUCCUCUUAUUAUUCUUUUUUCCACUGUGUAUCGGAGAAAUGGCGUCGAAAAAGAGUUUUUCUACUGGAUCGCUUGGGAAUACUCGACCAACAUCAGCUAAAGGAACUCGAACAAGUGGGACGAAGGGAAAAUUAUCUUCACGUUCUAAUAUUAGCAAUGCUGACUCAGAGUUUAGUGACUUAUCGAUUACUGGAAGCCAAAAGAAGGUAGCCAAGAAAACAGAACAACACAGGAAUGAUGUAAGAUCUAGUGUACCUGGUAGACCAUUAUCUGAUAUGGCUGGCAGUGAUAGCGACAGAACUACCAGCAGCUCAGGAGCAAGAAGUAAGACGUACAAUGUGAAUGAACAAGGAAACAUGAGGUAUUCAGAAGGGAAAACCUCUUCUGGAAGACCAAGGUCAAAACACAAGAGAGAUUUAGCUUCAGUCUUUAAGAAUAAACCACCUGAUCUUGACUCAUGUAGACCAGAGAGUGACCAACUACCUACAGAGGAUAUUGAUGACUGGUGGCCAGGAUCUAAUCAUGUUCCAAAAGUCCCUCCUUUACAUAAUCUUAUCUCUCCAUCUGAAGAAAAAGACUACAAUUGGUGGGAUAACUUAAAUGACGAUCAACCACAUGAUGCGGCCCAAAAUCAUUGGCCAAAAGAUAUGCAACACGAUCCUCUUGUUGAUGCUCUAAAUGACAUGCUUAAUUCUCCUGCCAACGAAGGGAAUAAAAAUGACCAUGGGAUUAUUGAAGGGGAAUCGAAGGAAAGCCCAGUACCCAAGCUAAAGUUUGGUAACUUAUCUGAGGAUGAUUCCGGUAGCGUUAAGCAAAAUGCCGCAGCAAUAAUGAUACAGAAAUGGUACCGCGGUUGGAGUGUCCGACGGAAGACAGGGAAAUCUGCUGUUAAACGUAUUUUGGGUCAAAAAAAGGUUCAAAAGGAAAGACAGUCUUUUGAUCAUUUAGGCUCAAUGGAAGCAAAAGAAGCAGAGAAAGCCAAAAGACGUGAAGAAAAAGCAAGAUUAGCAAGACAAGCAGCUAUCAAAGAACUACAAAACAAAAGAGAAGAAAAAAGACAAGAAAACCAAAGAAAAGCAGAGGAAGAAAUAGUUUUCCUUCAAUCAAGUGGAGUAAUUUCAAAGAAAAAGAGCAGCACGAAACAGAAACCAAAAGCAACUGGCACUAAGAGAAAUAACAACCAGUCUGCAUUAAAUAAUUCUCCUGGAGUAUCCACUGCUGCUGGUCGCAGGGAAAAGGACGAUAACAGACCAGCUACCGGGAGCAGCACUGCACGGAAACUAGAUGAGCUGUUUCAGGAGGAUGUUCGAACAAUCCAGGUAGCCAAAAGUACUGCUAUCACAGAGGAUACUCCAGAAACAGACCGAACAGAAAGCACAAUUCAGAAUGUCAAGUCAGAGGGAGCCAGCAAAUCCACCUUUGAGGAUCUGUUAGAGUCUCUUAAACAGCUUGAACAGCAACCUGAAAACCCGUCAGCUGCUGAUUCUGGAUCCAAGUAUGAUGAAUGGGUGGAACAGCUAACUGCACGCAUGGAUGAUGGCAAUAAGCAACGCUAUCUUUCCGCCGAGAAUUUGGACCAGCUAUCACAAAACAAGACAGACACUGAGAAUGGAGCAGCACUUUCAGCGGAAAAACUACAAACUAUCAUUAACUUCCUGGACGAGGUUGAAAAGGCAGAAGAGAUUACACUAAGUGAAAUCCAUCAGUCGAGAGAAGAGGCCAUUUCCAGAGGACUGACGUCACCCAGUGCUAAUAUCGAUGAAGCAAAACAGAAAGAAAGAGAGGAAGCGAGAUCCGAACUAGUCAAGAAAGAAAUGGCUGCCUUGGAAUCAAUGUCGGCUAAUGCUGCUGAUGUUACUAAUGCUAUGAUGGCGAUGAAGAUUGAACUAGAAGAGAAAAAAAGAACCAAUGAACUUCUGCAGCGAGCACUGAACCAGCAGCGAGACUUUUCUCUGCGUCAAGGAAAAGAAUCAGAAAAGGACGCCAAACAAAGGCUAGCCAUUCAAAAACAAGAAUACGAAGCGACCAUACAAAGACACUUGACGUUUAUCGACCAACUGAUUGACGAUAAGAAAAUCUUGGGAGAAAGAUGUGAAGAACUGCUGAGUAAGAUGAAAACUGUUGAUAAGAAGUACACAGACAAGAUAAAAACCCUGGAAGAAAACCAUGCUGUAGAGAUGAAAAAGCAGAAAGAAGUAAUAAUGGCAGCAGAGAAACUACGUCGUGAGAAAUGGAUAGCGGAGAAGACGCAGCAGAUUAAGGAAGUGACAGUAAAGGGACUAGAGCCUGAUAUCCAGAAGCUCAUUGCCAAACAUAAAGCUGAACUCAAGAAACUAAGAUCUUCACACCAGGCUGAGCUUCUUGAAGCAGACGAACGCGCAGGUAGACGGUACAUUCAACAGAUAGAAGAACUACGAGAACAACUCGAAAGAGAGAAAGAAAAUGCAUGCACGAAAGAACGGGAAUUGGCUCAACAAAGACUAGAGAAACAAAUGGAACAAGAAGAGCAAGCAUAUCAACAACAAAGACGACGACUUUACUCAGAUCUCCAGGAAGAAAAGGAGAGAAUGGCAGCACAGGCUCAACGACAGCGACAAGAACUGGAUGAGACCGUAGCAGAGUUACAGGAGUCUCAUAAAACAGUCCUAGCAGAGCUGCAACGAUCACACGAAAAAGCUAUAGCCGAUAUUGAAAACAAACACCAGUUUGAAAUGAGAGACUUGAAAGAAAAACUUGAAAUAGAGAAACAAGCGUGGAUAGAAAACUACAUGAAAAAGCAGGAUGCGGUUCUUCUGACUAAAGAAAGAGAACUGAAAGAAGGCGUGAGAGAAGCAAGAGAUAGGGAGAUUGAGAUGGUGAUUACCCGACUGGAGGAAGAGACUGCUGCAUCGAGGGAAGAAUGUGAGAGAGCUGCUGAAAAUAGAAUCAAGCGGAUAAGAAAUAAAUACGAAUCCGAAAUGAAAGAGCUCGAGAGAUCAGAAUCAAACAUGCAGCAGAAAUGUAAUUCCCUCAAGGAACAACUACUUGAAGCUGAAGGCGAAGUUACAAGGCUUCGAAGUCAGCAUAAACAAAUAACUCAUCAAAAAGAAGACGUGGAAAAAGUGCUGUCUAAACUACAAGAAGAGCGAGGAAAAGUAGCCGACAUCAUCCGGCAGGAGUUCGCAGACAGACUAAUCACGACAGAAGAAGAUAACAAGAGAUUGAAAACCGAGGUCAGUGAGAUGCGAGCCAGGCAUCGACUGGAUACUGAUCGCAUCACAAGAGAAAAAGAACAGGAGAUGGAGCAGUUACAUCAAAGAGUAAAACAAGCUAUCUCUCGAAAGGAUGAAACAGUCAAGGCUUUACAGGAACAGCAGCAGGCUGCAAUGAAGCGAGCUGACCACCUGGAAUUGCUGCUGCAACAACAACGAAAGAAACUCCUUCCCUAACGUUCACUAGAUAGGAAGAUUAAUAAGAACUGCUAUUUUCUUGCAGUAGCUCACUUUUCUUCAUUCCCCGAAUACCACCGUUCGUUCCGGCCUCAUCUUACGUGACAUUCAUCAAUAUGCAUUCGCAUUCGAAAUAAAUCUUAAUCUCAUCCCCUCGUGUUCUGGUGAAAUGCCGUAUUAACUCGUUUAAGCGCUUAUUAAAUUUUUUGGGUUUCAUAUGCGGCGUUGAUUCGGGGGCAGCGUAUAUUUCGGCGUUUAUACCGUUUAUUCAAGGUUGGCGCUUGUUUAAAAAAUGUAUUUACCAUAUAGUUGCAGCCGUGUGUUUUCAUAUAGGAAUGGCUAAAUGACCGGUUGCCGGUGCGGCGCUCUUUAGUCUCCUUUGCAGACGUUCGCUCUGAACGCAUCCCUUCCCGACAAUAAGAACGGCUGCAAAGGAGACUAGGCGCUUAAACGAGUAAAUACGGUACUGAAUAAACUAAACAAGAGUACAGUUGUAGCUAGCAGAUGGAAUAGAAAAAAAACGACGACAAACAAACAAAGACAAAGUACUGAAUCAAUAAGAGAAGAGGAUGUAUUGUGAAAGUGUCAUACUUCAUAUAUUGGUUUUUAUUAGGCUAAGCUUCUUCUUUCCUUCAGUCGUUCUCUUUCUUUCCUACCCUACUUUCCUUCCUUUCCUACCCUUUCUUGGUCACAUCAAAUAUUAUCCUUAUACAUAAAAAAAAAAUGACGAAAAAUCCCUUGAGAUAUGUUAAUGGCUGAAUGCUUUGUUAUCGUCAACCAAGAUGGUGGUUAUAACGUAACAUGCAUAUGCUCCAUUGGUUUGACACGUCUCUUUACAUUCUUUUUCUAAUUUUUUUCUUCAAAAGCGAAACCUUAUAGUUAUAUUUACUUUUCCUUUAAUUUUUUCAAUGAACUUGCAUGUGCGUGAGGAGCCGCUCUUGCACAAGAUAAAUCAACCAGUUUUUAAAACAAACCAUAACUUGAAUCAAUUAUAACAAUGUUUGACUUGCCAGUCGGUAA